AUUUAGUUCUAUCCUUUUACUAUAGUUGUCCCUCCAUACACACAAUACGCGUCCUGUGAAUUAUCGUUGUGAUCGGCGAGACAGAAAAGUGUAGUAGAACAGUGCACAUAUGUUAAGAAGCCUCUGUGGACAUAUAGGUCGUAUUCCCAUAAAAACUCUCUCCUCGCCUACAGGAUUUCUACUUACGAGACGAUUUACCUCUCAACCAACAGGCAACAUGGCGUCGGCAUGGAAACGAGCAACUAGCGAUGUCAUAGACUUCGGUAUUGGACAACCAUCGAAGAAUCUCCUGCCAAUGGACCUGAUUAGCGAUGCCGUCAGUGAUGUGGCGAAGCGCUGCCGAAACGACACUUUCGAUGUUCGUGACGUAUUGCAGUAUGGUGACAAUUCCGGACAAGCACCUGUAUUAGAAUCAAUAGCUAAGUGGCUGUCUAAAGAAUACGAAAGUGACGUAUCGGCUGACCGUCUGUUUCUAACUAACGGCUCGUCGAGUGCGUUGGAGAUAGUGUGCGCAACCUUGACGCAGCCAGGAGACUUAGUUCUGAUUGAAGAUCCGACAUACUUUUUGGCCUUGUCAGUUUUCAAUGAUCAUUCCUUGCGAUGCUUACCAGUGCCAGCAGACCACAACGGACUCGAUCUUGAAGCCUUGGAAGAUAUCUUGGAUCAAAAUCCCGAAGUCAAAUUCAUCUAUACCAUACCAUCAUAUGGCAACCCAUCGUCAUCGACCAUGCCACUGUCCGCUCGAAAAAAAUUUGCCGCCAUAUUGGAGAAACGGAAACUGCUGGCAGUAACCGAUGAUGUGUAUCAGAGCCUAUACUUUCCCACACCCACGGGAGUGUCCCAGAAGCCUCCGUCGGUGAUGUCGUCAAUAUGUCCCGAUUGGUGUAUAUCUCUGGGAUCCUUCAGUAAGCUUUUAGCACCGGGGUUGAGGUUUGGAUGGGUGCAAUCACCUGAGCGAGUUCACAGCGCCAUCCAGAACCGAGGCUACGUGAACAGUGGUGGGGGUCUACAUCCAUUCGCUGGUGCCAUCGUAUAUUCCUUGGUAGAGUCCGGUAGAUUUGAUGUCCAUCUUGAUGCACUACGGAAGACCUUGGGUGAGAGAAAGGGUGCAAUGUGCGAAGCUCUACGAGUAGGGCUGGCGGGGACAGAUGUGACCUUUACGGAUAGUGACGGAGGCUACUUUGUCUGGCUCACUUGCCCUGGGCGUGACAUGACAGCGCUAAUGGUCGACUGCAAGGAAGCUGGAGUCAGCUACACACCAGGUUCAAAGGCAUCGGUCGACGGUAAGGCUCAUGGCCACUGCGCACGACUAUCGUUUGCAUAUUACAACAUAGAUGAAAUUCAAUUGGGAAUUGAUCGCUUGUGCACUGUCUUGAAAAAGCAGACAUAACAUAACAUAAAAAGUGUAUACUCUAUCUGCAGUGCUUGUAUUUGGGGCGGUCUAGCAGUGUACCAUGCCUAAUAACUGCA